AUGGCAUCAGCGGCCUCACAGCAGUUGCGCAAGAAGCGAAAAAUCGCGGUCCUAGGCUCACGAUCUGUCGGCAAAUCGUCGUUGGUGGUGCGUUACGUGGAAGAUGCGUUCGUGGACUCGUACUACCCCACGAUCGAAAACGUAUUUGAGAAGACGAUUAAGUACAAGGGCCAAGAGUACAGCUGCGAUAUUGUCGACACGGCCGGUCAAGACGAGUACUCCAUCUUGAAUUCGAAGCAUGCUAUCGGUAUCCAUGGCUACGUUCUGGUGUACUCCAUUGCUUCGCGCGCCAGUUUCGAAAUGAUCCAGACAGUGUACGACAAGAUCUUGAAUUAUACCGGUACAUCGACCAUUCCCUGUGUCCUUGUAGGUCAAAAGAGUGAUUUGCACUCGCAUCGGCAAGUGUCCGAGGCAGAAGGCAAGGAGCUUGCACAGUCUCUGCACUGUGCAUGGAUCGAGACCAGCGCACGACACAAUGCUAAUGUUGCCAAGGUCUUCGAGCUUGUACUGGCCGAAAUCGAGAAGGCGUCAGCACCAGGCGGUCAAGAACCGCAGCCGUCUAAGUGCAUUGUUAUGUAG